AUGCUCAAGAGUCUAGACGCAGAUUCUUCCAUGGAAGUUGUCACAAGUUUCCAAACGAACAACAAAAAAGAAGACGUUUAUUCCACUGUAAAAGGGUCAAAACCUACAGACGAUGUAAUUCUAAUUGAAACAAACAGGGAAAGAAACAUACGCAAGGCAUGUGAAUCUCUAGUAAUACAAAUGAUUGACAAGAUUCUCUCAUCUUUUCCUGCAUACGAAGGAAAUGGUAUCCAUCUAAAUCCUCAAAUGGAAGCUGCAAAAUUAGGUGUCGAUGUUGAUGGAGAUAUACCCAAUGAAGUGCAAGAUAUAAUUGUGAAUUGUUUGAAAAUCCCUCAGCACUUACUUCUUGUCAUAACCAGUUACAUACACAGGUUGAAAUCAUUAAUGACAAAAGAAAUAGAGAAAAUUGACAAUAGAGCUGAUGCAAAUAUGUUAAGAUAUAAAUAUGAAAACAAAAGAGUAAUGCAUGAUUCUUCUCCUGAUGUAAACUCACCAUUCCCCUUUCAAGUUUAUGGAAAUGGGAAACUUGGAGUUGAUAUGCCUUUAAAAGGAACUCAAAAUCAACUUCUUGAACGAAAGCUGGAGGUUUGGGAGAAAGAAAGAGAAGCUUCUGGAUUGAAAGCAAGAUGCUGCUGCAUUUUGGAGUCAACAACCAUUAGCUUCCAUCAACCCCACAAGCAUUGUUGGAGUCAAUGGGUGGCAUCUACUGGACCUGAUGCUGUCAUUGCUGCAGAAAAGAAUGCUGAACUUUUGACUGCCCGAGCUGGUGCCCGAGACCCCUCUGCUAUUCCUUCUAUUUGUCGUGUUUCUGCUGCCCUUCAAUAUCCUGCAGAUGUGUGUGUAUGGUUGGAAGUUUCGGAUGCCGGCUUAGCAUUGGUGUUGGAAUCGAUGGAAUUCUGUUUGAAGUUGCGGGGUUUGGAAGCUUGUGUUUUGGAGGACUUAGCAAAAGCUAUCAAUCUGGUGCAUAUCAGGAGGGAUCUUGUGGAAAGUGGUCACACGUUGCUAAACCAUGCUUAUCACAAUCAACAAGAAUACGAAAGGUAUGAGGGUGGUGCUGGAAUCUGUGAUUCCGAUGGAAUCGGAAUUCGUGAUUCCGACGGAAUUGGAAUAUGUGAUACCAUUCCGAUGUCAAAUAAAUGGAGUUUAAUUCUAUCUGAAGGUGGAACCAGAAUCAAUGAUUCCGACAGAAUUGGAAUCAGUGAUUCCGAUGGAAUCAGAAUCUGUGAUUCCAUUCUGCUGCGAAAUAAACGGAAUUUAAUUAUAUCUGAAGGUGGAACCAGAAUCAGCGAUUACGACAAAAUUGGAAUCAAUGAUUCCGACGGAACCAAAACCUUACAAAAACUUUAA